UAAUAAAUAUUCUUAAUUGUUUGACAGAGAAAGCAAAAGCUGAAAAAAAAAAAAGAAUUGAACAGUUAACCUCCUCGAAUUUUCUGAUCAUUCAUUUCAUUCCAUUUUCCCUCACUUUCCUUCCAUCCAAACAUCCCUUAGAACUGUCUGCAUGGAUUCAGAGGAUGAUAUGAUGGACGCGAACGAUGUUGAAUCAGAAAAUGAUGAUUUCUACAGCGGCGACAUGGACGAAUACGAGGACAACUGUUACAGCGAUGGCGAUGUCAAUGUUGACGAUGAUGAUGGACCUGACUAUGACUUCAUGGCUGAAGCCGCCGAUGAUUUCGAUGAUUCUGUGUUAGCCCGUUCUCAGCAAAAUUAUACCAUCUUGAAGGAACCCGAUAUAAGACAACGUCAGGGAGAUGAUAUUACCAGAGUGUCUACUGUCCUUUCCAUAUCAAAACCUGAAGCAAGCAUCUUACUCCGUCAAUAUAAUUGGAGCAUUAGUAGAGUGCAUGAUGAAUGGUUUUCUGAUGAGGAGGCAGUCCGGAAAUCUGUUGGCUUGCUGGAAAAACCAGUAGUUCAACUUUCCAAUGCUAGAGAACUUACUUGUGGGGUCUGUUUUGAAUCUUUUUCUCGCGAUAAGAUUACUUCAGCUGCUUGUGGCCAUCCUUUUUGUAUGGCAUGCUGGUCAGGUUACAUCAGUACAACUAUUAAUGAUGGUCCUGGAUGUUUGAUGCUGAGAUGUCCUGUACCGUCUUGUCAAGCUGCUGUUGGUCAAGACAUGAUAAAUUUGUUGGCAUCUGAUGAGGAUAAGGAGAAGUAUUCUCGUUAUCUUCUUAGGUCAUACAUUGAAGACAACAGAAAGACAAAGUGGUGUCCUGCUCCAGGGUGCGAGUAUGCUGUUGAUUUUGCAGCUGGUGGUGGAAGCUUUGAUGUUUCCUGCCUCUGUUCUUAUAGCUUUUGCUGGAAUUGCACAGAGGAAGCUCACCGUCCUGUGGACUGCGGAACUGUGGCAAAGUGGAUUUUGAAGAACAGCGCAGAGUCUGAAAACAUGAAUUGGAUACUUGCCAACUCCAAGCCUUGUCCUAAGUGCAAGCGGCCGAUUGAGAAAAACCAAGGGUGUAUGCACAUGACAUGCACGCCACCUUGUAAAUUUGAGUUUUGCUGGCUAUGCCUUGGUGCUUGGUCCGAUCAUGGUGAGAGGACUGGUGGUUUUUAUGCUUGUAAUAGAUAUGAAGCAGCUAAGCAAGAGGGAGCGUAUGAUGAAGCAGAGAGGAGGAGAGAAAUGGCAAAAAAUUCUUUGGAGAGGUAUACACAUUAUUAUGAGCGAUGGGCAAGCAAUCAAUUGUCGAGGCAAAAAGCUCUUGCAGAUUUACAACAAAUGCAGAAUGUGCAUCUUGAGAGACUUAGCGACAUACAAUGCACACCAGAGUCCCAGCUCAAGUUCAUUACUGAUGCCUGGCUUCAGAUAGUUGAAUGCAGGCGGGUUUUGAAAUGGACUUACGCAUAUGGAUAUUACUUACCUGAGGAUGAGCGCGCUAAGAGACAAUUUUUUGAGUACUUGCAAGGUGAGGCUGAGUCUGGCCUGGAAAGGCUUCACCAAUGCGCAGAGAAAGAUCUGCACGACUUCCUUGCUGCUGAUGGCCCUUCAAAGGAAUUUGAUGAGUUCCGGACAAAGUUAGCUGGGCUGACCAGUGUUACAAAAAAUUACUUUGAAAAUUUGGUUAGAGCAUUGGAGAAUGGGCUAGCAGAUGUGGACUCUCAUGGUACUUGUAGCAAGCCAACAAUCCCAAAAAAUGCAGGUGUCAACAAGGGCAGAGGUGGCAGGGGAAAAGGAAACACUAAGUCUGGUGAUUCCAGCAGAAAUACAGAUGAAUAAUGUAAUUCCAAAUCCAGUUCUUCCAGCAUGUACCAGGUAUGCUGCCACAGCUGUUUAAACUUCUAAGCUCUUUUGUUUGUGGGACCUACUUGGACAUACUUCUCCGAGUAAGUUAAAGUCCAAUGGGAUGGUGCUGGAGAAUUCCUUAAAGUUAAGGUUUGGUGGCUCAUCUUUUUUUUCUGAGGCUGCUUAUUGUGUGAAUGAUAUCUAGAUGUCAUUGAAUGAUUGGGAAGGGAAAAAAAAAAAAUCCUUUUAGAACCCAUGUUUAUUGAGGGAGGCAGUAAAUAUGUAGUAUAUAUAGUUCUAUCUAUGUAGAUCAUAAGGUUCUACAACUUGCUGUUAUAGCUAUAAUAAUCUAUACGAACAUUAUCUAUAAUGCAAAUAUACUCGUUUGUGAAAAGAGACUAGCAUCAACAGACUGUUUAAGAUGGUUUUCUUCUCUGCACGUCAUCCUAUCUGCAAUCUGAUAAAUUUAAGGGAUAAUUGUGGGUUUUGUUUGGUUUCGACUGUUGGGUUUGAAUAUAUUGGGGUUAGCGCUAGUGUUUGAUUCUGAUAUAUAUUAAAAUAGUCUUUCAAAGGCCUUAGGCCUUCAACGUGUGUCUUCUCACUUACCUAGCGAACAGUUAUUAUGCUUUUCUGUAAAUUCUAAUGUAAGAUUUCCCUCUUCAAAUGUUAAUUCUCGCUCUUUUCUUU